ACAAAGAUGUCGGCUACCAUGAAGCACGUGGAUAUAGAAAUGAUAGAUGAUGAGGAAGAAAAGCCCAAAGUUUGUCUUAGGGCUGGCCAGAGCAUUGUUUCGGUCAAGCCCGUCUUUUCUCAUGAUGGAAAAUACCUAUUUUGUGUAUCUGGUACAAUUGUCAAGGUGUUUAGUACAACAGGUGGAGGGUGUAUAAGAGAGUUAAAGGGGCAUACACAACCUAUUACAGAUAUUUCUCUAAAUCCUAAAAAUAAACUACAGAUAUUAUCCUGUUCAUCUGAUGGUUGGAUUAAACAAUGGGAUUAUACAGAUGGUGUUAUACUUAGGAAAUUUAAUCUUGAAACGCCUCUCUAUGGUAUAAUAUGUUUUCCACACACUUCCAAAUUAGAAGUUGCUGUUAUACAGAAAAAAGUUAAAAAAAAAGGUUGUGAGUUAGUAAAGUAUAUUUUAUCUAAUUGGACAGACAGUGGUAAACCAGAAGUAACUUCGUUAUUUGAUACAUGUAGUAAUAACAGAAAACAUAUAGCAUUAGGUGCUGAGGAUGAAUUUAUAGCAGCUAUAACUGAAAAAUCAUUAUCUAUAUUUAACUUGAAAAAAAAGAAAUUAACAAGGUUUGAAAGUGAAAAUAACUGUUUUACUACGAUAGUUUGUCAUCCAACAGAUAAAUGUAUUGUAAUAGGUGAUGAACUAGGACAAAUACAUUACUGGUGGAAUUUUUGUAAAGCUCAAAAAGUUGUGAAAACUACAUACCAUUGGCAUUCAUUGCCUGUUAAAUGUCUGCAGUUUACUACAGAAGGUUCGUCUUUAUUAUCUGGUGGCCAUGAAUGUGUGCUAGUUAAAUGGCAGUAUAAUUCUAGUUCAAGAGAUUAUUUACCACGACUUGGUUCACCUUUAAAUCAUAUUACCUGUUCACCAGAUAAUACAGUGUAUGCUUUAGCCCACGAAGAUAAUGCUGUUCGACUUAUAUCCAAUACAUAUAAACCAGUAUGUUUUUAUCAGGGGUUAACUAGAGGUCAUCUACAGACACAUGUUAAACAUCAAGCUUCUACAGGACUUCUCUAUGAUCCCCAUACUAAAGCUAUAGUUACUAAUGGACGUGUGGGGCAUCUUCAGUUUUAUAAUGUUCAUUCGGACACACAAAUAUUUAAUCUAGAUACUGUUGGUCAAAAUUAUAUCUCACCUGAUUCACUGUCAAAGCAUACAACAGCUACGCAAGUAACCAAGGCAGCAUUUAAUCAAUUUGGUAAAUGGUUGGCUACUACAGAAUACUGGUCAGCUGAAAAUCUUAGUCCAGAAAUCCGAAUGAAAUUCUGGAUAUUUAAUGAAGAAAAACAAACAUAUACUUUAAACACUUGUGUGGAGUUUCCACAUGAAGAAGAAGUACAUUGUUUAAUGUUUCGACCACAAUGUGUUCGUAAUAAAGACUUGUUAAUGGUAGUUACUACAUGUCAAGAUGGUUGCUUUAAACUAUGGACGGCAGCAGACAGUACAGAUCUCUAUGGUAGUGUAACUAAAUGGAUGUGUGAUACAUCUAGUACAUAUAGAGAUUUACCAGCUGGACAAGCACAAUUUACACAGGAUGGUUCUAUAUUAGCUGUUGUAUUUCUCUCUACCAUUACACUCUGGGAUCCAGAUACAAACGAACUUAAAGCUACAUUACAUGCUAGUAUGGGGGACUCAGUUGUAAAUCAUAUAUGUUUUGGUUAUAAUGGUAGCAGUCAAUAUCUAGUAACAGCAUCAGAUCAACAUAUAACAUCCUGGAAUCUUUUAACAUUAUCAGUUCACUGGACAGUGAGUUUAAAAGUAAAUGUUCUAGUAGCUGAUCCAUUUACUAAUUGUAUGGCAGCUUUUACCAAAGAUAGGAACUUGUUUGUAUUUGAUCCUUCUAUAUCGGAGCCAAUCUACAAUCAUUCAUCUGCUUCUACAAGUGAGAUUAUAGCAGCAGUGUUUAUACCUCAUGUAAAUAAAGAUCAGGGAAGGUUAUCAUGGCAGAAAUCAUCUCAACUAUAUUUCAUCAACUGUGAUCAACAGCUAUCUACAAUAGAUUAUGAAGAUAAUGUGGAGGGUAAUACAUCAGCAUUAUCAGUAUCUCAAAAUCUACCCAAAACACCAUUUGGACAACUUAUGGCUGAGAAAUCUAUUAGAGAUCCUCUCAGAGAUACAACCUCUACAGAGUUUUUACAUAAGAAUGAUAGUUUUGUUAAAGAGAUAUUGAUGACAUCACCACAUGUACAACCACCAGUAACAGUUUUAUGUAAAACAUUUCUACAAUCUUUACUUAUAUCUAAUAAAUCUAAAAAGUCUUCAGAGGAUAUGGAAGAUGAAGAUGAUACAAUAGAAAAAGAAACUAAUCAAGAUUUUGAUUCUGAUGAGGAAAUGACAGAGAAGGUUAAAAAAACAGUUGAACCUAAAGUAGACGGUAGUAAUACUAAUGAAAAACAGGACAUUGAAAAAGAGGCAUCAGCCAUUGCAGAAGUUAUGACAGAACAAUUCUUGUGGUUUAAUAUAAGCUAAAUGAAAAUAAGGUAUCGCUAUAAAAACUCUUAUUUGAUAAACAGUGGUAGCCUAGUCUGUGACAUUGAGUUAUCUGUGUAAAUAUAGUAAAGGCUACAGAUGCAAAUCAUUGUUAAUGGAAUGAUACUUCGGACAUUCAGAGAAUAAUAUUAUUAAAGAUUUAAAUGGCACCCCCUCUUUGAUCUGGAACAAUGGAUUGUAUAUGUUGAUUUGUUUUGUAGAAUGACAAACUGUCAUUGUUCAAAAUUUUGUAUCCUUAUAUAAAGGCAAUGUUGAGCUAUAAUCAACUGUCAUAUCUGUGUUGACACAGAAAGCAAAAAAAUUAAACUAAAUUAAUUGACUUCAGCUUAAAUUAUUUAAUCAUAUAGAGUUUGUCUUAUCACUAAUAUAAAUAACAAAUCAGUUCAACUCAAGUCAGUAUCUAAAUCAAAGGGGAGAGGGCUGUUCUUUAAUUUGUUUAUGUAUAAAUUUGUAAAAUAAAAAUAAACAUGAAAAUAUG